AGAAGGAGAUAGUUGAUCUCCACCACGCAGAAAACGACUCAACGGCAUUGUUUCGCGGCUAAAUUAGGGCUACUCCUCUCCAUUCAUCACCAACUUCUUUCUUCUUCAUACCAUUUUUCAUUUUCUCUCUCUCUCCCUGAAAACCCUAAACUUUGUCCGAUUUCACCAACAAACAAACGACGUCGGAUUAACAGAAGAUAAAUUAACCAGGAUCAGGUCUUCUGAGAAUUGAAGAAGAUCUGAGGAAAUAUGAGCGCUUCGAGUUUCAUAAAGUGCGUGACGGUUGGUGAUGGAGCUGUUGGGAAGACAUGCUUGUUGAUCUCCUACACCAGCAAUUCUUUCCCUACGGAUUAUGUGCCGACUGUAUUUGAUAAUUUCAGUGCAAAUGUCGUUGUCAACGGCAACACUGUCAAUCUAGGAUUGUGGGACACUGCUGGACAGGAAGAUUAUAACAGAUUGAGACCGUUGAGUUAUCGCGGGGCUGAUGUUUUCAUUUUGGCGUUUUCUCUCAUUAGCAAGGCCAGUUACGAAAACGUCUCCAAGAAGUGGAUUCCAGAAUUGAAGCAUUAUGCCCCAGGAGUCCCGAUCGUCCUUGUUGGAACCAAAAUCGAUCUUCGGGAUGAUAAGCAGUUCUUCGCUGACCAUCCCAAUGCAAGCCCCAUUACAACUGCUCAGGGAGAAGAAUUAAGGAAGACGAUUGGAGCUCCUACGUACAUUGAAUGUAGCGCAAAAACACAAGAGAAUGUGAAGGGAGUUUUCGAUGCUGCGAUUAAAGUUGUCCUUGCUCCUCCAAGUUCAAAGAAAAAGAAGGGAAAAGGUCAAAAGGGCUGCUCUAUAUUGUAAUAAACUAUGGAGAGUUAUGGUACCUACACCUUGUGUUUUUACCUUUCUGCCCUUUCACUCACCAAACAAAUCACUGAAGGUAGUAACCAAUGAUCUAUUACACGAAACCCUCAUUGUGCGUCUCCAUCGUUUCUAGUCACACUUCCAGGUUCUCCGGCCCAGUUUUAAGGUCUUUAAUUUUGUUCUUGUAUGUGUUAGUUUUGGUAAACAUCCACUUAGAUUUUGAAAAGAAAAACAAAAAAUAAGAGUGUCUUGGAUUCUAUUCUUUAUAUGUUUGUUUCGGUCAUUUGUACUUGAUCGUUAAAUACUUUGGUUACUGCAAUUAGUUAUGUAGUUGGUGUUUGAGUUUUGAGAAUACUCAUAAUGUCAUCCUGCAACUUUGAUGUUUU